AACAGCCUCAAAGUGAACCCAAAAACCCUAGCGCCGCCGCCGCCGCCAUGGAAGAAGCGUGGCCGCCUCUCGCCCCCGCCCCGGAAGCUGCGGCUCCUCCCGGAGGAGGAGGAGGUGGAGGAGCAUGGGGCGCGGCGGCGGUGGCGCAGCGGAAGGAGGUGGCCGAGGAGUCGUCGGCGCAUGCGGUGAGCCGGCUGGUGGCGAGCUGCGCCAACACGAGCGGCGUGGCGGUGGCCGUGGUGGACGCCAACGCCGUCAUAUCGGGCGGAGCCGCGCUCUCCUCGUCCGCCGCCCGCCUCGUCACGGUGCCCGAGGUGCUGGAGGAGGUGCGCGACGCGUCCGCGCGCCGCCGCCUCGCGCUCCUCAUGGCCCCUGUCGAGACCCUCGACCCUGCCCCUGAAUUCGUCAAGAAAGUUGUCAAAUUUGCCCGGGAAACAGGAGACCUCCAGACGCUUUCAGAUGUUGAUAUCAAGAUUAUUGCUCUAGCUUACAUGCUGGAAGCUGAGAUCCAUGGGACUAACCAUUUGCGGGAGCAGCCACCUCCUCUGCGUGUGGUGAAUGUGAGAAACCUGAAAGAGGCUCCACUGCCAGGUUGGGGCUCUAAUGUGCAGAACCUAGCAGAAUGGGAAGAAUUGGACCAGAUGUCUGAAGCAGGUGGGGAUCUCAAGUCACGCAUACUUCCACUGAAGGAUCUUGAGAACCACGAAAUACCGAAUAGUGAGACCAACAGUAUUUCUGACAAGCAAGGUGAUGAAGAGCAUCAGCCUGCAAAGAAAGAUGUAGGUAUUGCUUGGGAAGAUGAUGAGAAUAAUGAAGGUUGGUUGCCUGCUGUUAGUCGCAGUACACACAGAAGAUAUCUACGAAGGAAGGCGAGACGUGAUGCCCUCAAGGAAUCUGAACAAAGUAUUGAGACAAGUUCUGCUGCCCCAUCAAUUGAUGACGAUAAAAUUUUAUCUGAAAAUGGUUUGAAUCCAGUGGAUGGCCCUUCCGCUGAUACUGAUGUUAUGGAGCACCAAGAAGUGAAUGAACCUGAAAUUGUUGCAGAUCAUUCGCAAUCUGAUAAUAAGGACAAUGGGGUAGGCAAUGUUGGUGAUGUUGAGGAGACCGGCGGUACGGACGCAUGCAUUGAAGAGUUGGAUAAUUUGGAUAUCAAAAGCGACUCUGAGGAAGGUGUCGAUUCAUCUCUUGCAGAUGAUGGGAGCAGUGAGCAGAGUUGGGCGUUGAGGUCCUUAUCUGAAUCUACUGUAGCAUGCAUAACCAGUGACUAUGCCAUGCAAAAUGUCAUCCUGCAGAUUGGUCUCCGUCUCUUGGCACCAGGUGGCAUGCAAAUACGUCAGUUGCACAGGUGGGUUCUGAGGUGUCAUGCUUGCUAUAAGGUGACCCAAGAGAUUGGGAAAAUAUUUUGCCCAAAAUGUGGCAACGGUGGCACCUUACGGAAGGUUUCGGUAACAGUUGGUGAAAAUGGGAUCACUAUGGCCUCACGACGUCCGCGUGUGACACUUCGAGGCACAAAAUUUUCCCUCCCAAUGCCCCAAGGUGGAAGAGAUGCCAUAACUAAGAAUCCCAUUUUGCGUGAAGACCAGCUUCCCCAGAAGGUUCUGCACCCUAAAUCGAAGAAGUCAAACAAGCAGGACGAUGAUUUCUUGGGUGUCGAGGACAUAUUUUCGCACAGCGGUGAAAAGAAAGUACCACUGAAACCUCCAGUGAGGAAGGCCCUUGCAAUGUUCAGUGGGAAACGGAAUCCGAAUGACAACCACUUUUCUCGCAAGAAGCAUUGAAUUUCUGUUCCCCAUUUGUUGCUCUUUUACUAUCAUGGUUUUGUACUGCAUUGUUUGACGAGAGAAGUAGAGUGUAUCACCUUGAUGGUGAUUGUGGAGAAAAAAGUCAUCCUGUAGACUGAACUCUGAUGAAGCAUGUAAGCUAUACAAUUUUGCAGAACAUCUAUGUAAGGCUCAGUUCCAUAGUACCAUUUUCAUAUCAAUUACAGCUGGAGUAUUUUGAGUGCA